CCCUCUCAGUCAAAUUUCAAGAUCUUCUCCAAAUUCCAAACCAUCUCUCCAUAUUACUCAACCUCUCAACAACAUAAAAACACACACACACACACACACAUUAAAAAUGGCAAAGGAGUUGGAGAAGAACUCUCUCCACAUAGAGCCGUCAACAGUUGCACUUGAAAACGGCGAAGCAAGCAAGGAUUUCGACGACGAUGGACGUUCCCGGAGAACCGGGACGGUGUUGACGGCAAGCGCACACAUCAUAACUGCGGUGAUAGGGUCGGGGGUGCUGUCGCUAGCAUGGGCCAUAGCGCAGCUGGGAUGGGUGGCUGGUCCCGCCGUGCUCGUGGCCUUCUCCUUCAUCACCUACCUCACCUCCACCUUCCUCGCCGACUCCUACCGCCACCAAGGCCGUCGCAACUACACUUACAUGGACGUCGUCCGUUCCCACUUAGGUGGUUACAAAGUUCAGCUAUGUGGGGUGGCUCAGUAUGGGAAUCUUAUUGGGGUCACUAUUGGAUACACAAUUACUGCUUCCAUUAGUAUGGUGGCUGUGAAGAGGUCGAAUUGUUUCCAUAAGGAGGGGCAUGAGGCAGCAUGCUCAAUAUCAACCUAUCCGUUCAUGGCUAUAUUUGGAGGGAUUCAGCUUGUUUUGAGCCAAAUUCCUAAUUUCCAUGAGCUUUCAUGGCUCUCUAUUGUUGCCGCCGUCAUGUCUUUCGCUUACUCCUCCAUUGGCUUCGCCCUCUCCGUUGCUAAGCUCGCAGGUGGUGGAGGGCAUGUGGAGACAGGCCUAACAGGAACGAGAGUAGGAGUGGACACAAGCGCCUCAGAAAAGGUGUGGAAAAGCUUUCAAGCCAUUGGAGACAUUGCUUUUGCCUAUGCCUUUUCAACUAUCCUAAUUGAAAUCCAGGACACACUGAAAUCUCCACCCCCAGAAAAUGUGGCGAUGAAGAAGGCUUCUCUUGUAGGAGUGUCAACCACCACCCUUUUCUACGUCCUCUGCGGCUGCCUCGGUUAUGCCGCCUUCGGAAAUGACGCUCCCGGUAACUUCCUUACCGGAUUUGGCUUCUACGAGCCUUUCUGGUUGAUCGACUUUGCCAACGUGUGCAUUGCCAUCCAUCUCAUCGGGGCCUAUCAGGCAGCACAAAAGAAACUACUCCACCGCCUUUUAAAAAUAACAACUAUUUCCAUUUUUGGUCUGUCCCUCAAAAUUAUGGUGUUCGCGCAGCCUCUGUUCGGCUUUGUGGAGGACCGGUGCAGGCAGAAGUGGCCGGAAAACAAGGGCAUCGCGGAAGAACAUGCCGUCCGUGUUCCCCUGUGCGGGGUCUACAACUUCAACGUAUUCAGAUUAGUGUGGAGAUCAGUGUAUGUGAUAAUAACAUCACUGAUUGCAAUGAUCUUCCCCUUCUUCAACAACUUUCUCGGCCUCAUCGGGGCAUCCGCGUUCUACCCGCUGACCGUGUACUUCCCCAUAGAGAUGCACAUUGCCCAGGCCAAAGUGCCCAAGUACUCCUGCAGAUGGGUGUGGCUGAAGAUCCUCAGCUGGGCUUGCCUGAUCGUGUCCCUCGUCGCGGCAGCAGGAUCCGUACGGGGGCUGGCUGCAGACGUCAAGACAUACAAGCCUUUCCAGAGUGAAGCUCAUGAAUAAAAAACAUGUAGAAUAUCAAUCAAUAAGUUCAACAUCCAAACACUAUUUAUUUACCUGCAUUUAACCAUUUAGUCUGUGUAAAGAUCAAUCAUCAACCAUAUGAGAGCUAUAUAAUAAAGCCUAUGAUACGAGGAUUGGAAAUCAA